AUGAGGACCCAGCUCGUCUGCGUGGUUCUCCUCUUUGUGGUGUGCUGUGCAAUGUGCUCUGCACAUGCAGAAGAGGAAGAGAAGGUGGCAGGGGGUGAGCUCAUGAGGUGGCUCCUGGCCUCAGAGGUGAGUGGACAAGACACGAUCCACUGGAGGGUGAUGCUACUGUGGUUCUGUGGGCUUCUGCACAGCCACCUUGAGGAGGAUGUUAAUGAAUGGGAGCCAACACUGGAGGAGCUACACAGCAUCCAGAACCUCUGUUGGACAUUACAGCCUCGCAGGAGUGACCCAGAUGUCAGAGAGCCUGGGGGGGGACAGAAUGCAGAUGACAGUAAUGGGACGCUCAGGAGGAAGACCCCCUACAUACUGAAGAGGCAGCUGUACAACACCAAGGCCAGGAGGCCCUACAUUCUGAAGCGGAGCCCCGGUUACUUGGCCUCCUAA